AUGGUCCCCGGCCCAUUACAUAGAUUCCUCUCGUCUCAAACCCUUUCGGUAACGCGGGCGUCAUUUUCCUCGGCCGCCGUCUUUGGGGCAUAUUACGCCCGCCCUCGGCUGCCAUCGUGCCGCAUGCUGCAGGAUAGUUUUCGGGACGAGAUUCCAGCCAACAUGACGGCCUCGCCAGAGAAACAUCCUAAACAGACCGUGACUCGCGCGUCUGCGUUCACUUUGCUAAGUUAUGCUCAGCAUUCAAAUUUCCCAAAAAGUGACGCAGACUUGCAACUCGAACAACGUACGGUUGUCGGACGGGACUUUCCGUCCCCUCCAACCUCCACGGAGCUCAAGCAACAAAAAUUCGUCUUAGCUUCCGGUGCGCCCCGUACUGUCUCAUCAAAGUGCGAAACUUUCGAACGCCUGCUUGCAAUCCAUCCCAUCAAAUACUCUGAUAGCUCCACGAUCAUUUGCGUAUCGAAUAGAUGCCGCAGGUUCGCGGUAGGCCAGACGGAAUGA